UUGAUUGCCGAAUUGGAUGGCUGAGAUCGCGCAUCUCUCGUGAAGGGCUUGUUCACGGAACCUCCGUGAAUAAGACAAUCUCUUCUCAGUUACUGUAAAAAAAAAAUGUUGUCUUUAAGCUUGAAAGAUUCCACUUGUUUGUAGCAAGCACCCCUCUCUUUUUUGCAUAUCAACUGGUUCUUAAUAAGUAUGUUGGUUAUCACUCUUUGCUGCAGCACCACAUCCCUCUCACAUGGGGAAACGAGUGCGGCAAUCCUCCUCCGACCCUAACCACCAGAGGGAUGGUGAGCAUUUGGAGGAUCGAAUAAGCCAGCUGCCGGAUGGAAUUCUUGCCCACAUUUUAUCUCUCCUGGAACUUAGAGAAGCAGGAAGAAGCAGUGUGCUUUCACAUAGAUGGAGGGAUUUGUGGAAAUUCACCACCAGUUUGAAUUUUAUCAAGUUGGUUGGAAUGCUAGCCACGAGGGAACUUACUCUCAAAAACCUGAGGUUGGAGCUCAAGGGCGCUGAGAAAAAAAGCUCCGCUGCAAAAAUUGCUUUAUCACAGUUCCGGGGACCCUUCAAGGUAGUUGGUUCGGUGUUUACAAAGGAUGAGUACGCCAAAGUUGGUAUGCAACUUCAUAGUCUGGUCUGUAAAGCGACUGAAGCUGAUGAGAAAUUGAAGGUGCUCAAGGAGUCGAUUGCUUCGGAGGAAGCAAAACAAACUAAGGAAAAGUUUGAAAUUUGGAAGGAGGAGACUGCUCGCAAAGCGGCUCGUAGUGUAGCUGUUUCAAAUGCUUCCAUGAAGUGGGUUGAAUUAAAAAUGGGACAGCUUGGGGUCCUCGACAAUCCUAACCACAAAAUUACAGCUCUUCUGGAUCAUUCAGCAAUGAUCACAGUUCAUUCAGAUGCUCGUGGAACCUUUGAUUGCAAGCCACUGGUUGUAAUUUGGGCUCAAUAUCCGGAGUACUGAAGGCUUCCAGGCUCCAAGAACACCAUCAUGCAUGUUUGAUGAUCUCAGAAGAAAUUUCGUGAUGAAUCCCCAGAAUGGGUUAACCAUAAAGCCAUUGAGGAGACCAUGCAAAUCAGGACAGUGAUAAGGAGCUUAUUUAUGAAACUCACUCAAUACUUGCUUGCGAUUGCUGACCUCAGCUCCAUUGAUCAUAAGGAAUGGGAGUAAUACAAUGAGGACUAUUUCAAGCGACGCAGACGCAAGUGAGUAACUGUGCUCGGUCUUGAAAAUUCAAUAUCCUUGCAUCGACAAAACUUGUUGUCUAACAGAAACCUUACAAAAUUGGUCGGAACAUGAAUUGUUGUAAGAGAAAAGUUGUCAAGGUGCUUUUUUCGUCUUCUUAUAAUCCAAGCAAAUUGCGAGUAAUGGGUUGUUG